AUGCUUUAUCAUCAGGUGCCUGUCCUCGCAGCCCACCCUGUGCCCACCCCGGCCGCUCAACUCACAGCCAUGCGUCCACCCACGCCCAGCGGUGAAUCGGGAGCUGGCAAAACAGAGACCACAAAGGUCAUUCUAAGCCAUGUGCUCGAAUUGUGCAAGGCGGGCCGCCGCACCCUCGAAACCAAUUUACAAUCCCUCAACAUACUUCUAGAGGCCUUUGGAAACGCCGCCACUGCUCUAAAUGACAACUCCUCGCGCUUUGGCAAGUACCUGGCGCUCAGCUUCGAGAAGAGUGGUGCACUUCAUAGUGUGGAGCUGACCGACUAUCUGCUUGAAAAGUCACGCGUGGUCGCCCAUCCAGCCACCGAACGCAACUACCAUGUCUUUUAUUACUUGCUACACGGAAUACAGGAUGCAAACGAGCUGGCGCGCCUCAGGCUGCGCUCCACCAAGGAACAUGCAUACUUGGCUGCCUCUGCCAAACGUCUCUCCCCGCAGUUUCUGAGCAGUUGUCAAACCAUGUGGAAACAGCUGGAUGCCACUUUUGUGCAGUAUGGCUUUGAUCAGGAUGAACGCCGCGCCGUGGUGGACACCCUUGCAUCCAUUCUGCACCUGGGGGAUUUUCAGUUUGAGGAGACAGGCAACGACAGCUGCCAGAUCGCAGCCAGUAGCAGUGAACAACUCGCCUUGGUGGCUGAUCUUCUCCAGAUCCCCAGUGGAGAGCUUGAAGGUGCCCUCACCACCAGCGUCACGACGACUAGAGGAGAACAAAUCCAAAGACGCUAUAACCUUUCCAAGGCUCGUGCAGUCCGGGACUCACUGGCCAAGGGCCUGUAUGGCCGCCUCUUUGGCUGGAUUGUCACUGCUUGUAAUUCCAUACUUGGCACGAGCGCGGCACCCGCCAAUACUGAAGCUGCACCCGCAGACGCUCACACCACGUCAAGGCUCUGCCUCAUCGGCUCGCUCCGCUGGCAUACAGAUAUCUUUGGCUUUGAAGACUUUGAAAAGCACAAUCACCUGGAGCAGCUCUGCAUCAACGUGGCCAACGAAAAGUUGCAAGCGUUUUUCAACACUUGUGUCUUUCAAGCGGAGCUGGAUGAGUAUGAACGUGAAGGAAUCGACGUGGCCAAAGUAUCUUUCUUGGACAACCAGCUGACCCUGGACCUCUGUUUGGGUAAAACCAGGAGCAUCGCAGCGAUUCUCAAGGAAGAAUCCCGCAUGCCGCGAGCCACUGAUGCCACCCUCAUGAACAAGCUUCGCGACCUGUCUACCCACCCGUCCAACGCUUUUCGACCUCCUCGCUCGGACCGCGACCUCAGCUUCAGACUAGUCCAUUUUGCAGGCGAGGUUAUGUAUACAGUGGAGGGGCUCUUGGCUCGUAAUCGCGAUGAUCUGCCAGCUGCGGCGAUUGAUUGCAUGCGCAGCAGUCACAGUGACUUUCAGCAGGCCCUCUUUGCCUCCAGUCGACUCUCAUCUGGGGCCUUUGAUGUCAGCACGAAACGACGCCAGUCGCGGCGGCGCUUCAACUUGACUGCCGUUAACUCGGUCUACAACGGCUUUCAAGAUUCACUUCAGCAACUCGUGACCACGCUUGGCAAUGCAAGCGCAACGUUUGUGCGAUGCAUCAAACCGAAUGGCAAGAAGAAGCCCAAAAGUAUUGACACAGCUCUUGUGCGCCAACAACUCCGCUCUGCUGGUGUCAUGGAGACUGUGCGCAUUCGCAAGGAGGGCUUUGCGCACCGCCUUUUGUUUGAGACUUUUGUGCGUAAGUUUAAGCUGUUGACAACGCCUCUGGGUGAGGCACCAGAUGCCACGUCCUUGGCGUGUCAAGCUAUCCUUGCAAAGGCGAACAUUGUUGAUGCACAGAUGGGCCGCACCAAGGACCGACUGCAGUUGUGCCUUCAAGCAUAUGCCGCUGCACGUCGGUUCUUGCGGGGCUACAUUCAGCGCCGUCGCUAUCGUGCUCUUCUCGAGGGCAAGCGGCAGCAGAUGGAGUGCGUGGCGCUAUUCAUCGCCAAUUGCGAGAGAGCCAGCACACAGGCUGCUGCGCGCAACCGCGGUCUUUUGACCAUCGAUGAGCAGUUCUCUGCCUCUCGUCGCACAGCUUGGUUGCAGCAAUCUGCUGCAGCUCUCUCCGGUGGCUUGGCCGAAUCUGAGGACGAUGAAGAUGGCGAGGACGAACCCGUGACCACGGAUCCAUCCACGCAGGUGGUCAAGAUUCAGCUUGCCGAUGGCGGACACGUCUUUGAAAGGCAAGAGCGACUCUCUGUGCGGGUGGGACCUCUUCCUGCGCAUUGGGAAAAGGUGGUUGAUGAGGCAACAGGACGUGUGUACUUUCGCAACCAUGAGACUCGUGAAACCACCUGGGUUGACCCUCGCUCGGCAGCUGUGCGCAAGCUGAAUGCGAGCGAUACGGAAGGUGACGAGCUGCCUUACGGCUGGGACCAGGCCCAGACUGCCAAGGGAGAAUAUUACUACAUUGACCACAACACGGGGACGACCCACUGGUUACACCCUCGCCUACUGCUGGACAAGAAGCGCGAGCAAUACGAAGAACUUCAGAAGCAAAAAGCCGAUGUCGUGGCGCAACACCGACAAAUCAUCGUUGAGUUUCGCCAAAAGAAGCUGCGUUUGGAGCAACAGCGGGAAACGGCUUUUGACGAGGACAAUGCGGAUCAACUAGCUGCACGUGUGCGCGAGAUUGACCAUGUGAUUGAUCGGGAGUUUACCAACAUGAACGAGGCACUCGAUGAGCAACAUCGUCUCAAGGCGGAGAUCAGUGCUCUCACGACGCAAUUUCAGAAGCAACGUUACGAAGCCGAGCAUGGUGUCGGGUCCUUUGCACCUGGCGAUACCCAUGAUCUUUACGCCGUUGAGCGAGCUGCCGAGUUACCCGAGGAGUUGGACUUGGAUUUGCGCGUGCGACUACAGCGCAAGUCCACAAUCCAUCGCUUCGAGAAUCAAGAAGAAAGUCGCGAAUACACAGAUACGCUACGCCGGCGGUACGCCCCGCUUUUUGGCAAUGCCUGCGUGCAACCCUGUUUUGACAUUGCCGCGGAGGCACUCACAGUGUCAAUUUUGACUCUGACGCACACAUUGGCUCGCAGCUUUCUGCGACGCCUCGGGCUGGGAAGUCGCAAGCACCGGGGCCAGAAGAAGAAAAAGAAACAAAAGGAGAAAAAAUAAAAAGCCGCUUGGUUGGAGCUGUGUAAAGUUCUCAUGGCCCAAAGCUGACCCGAUUCGACCAGAUAUUUUCGAUUAUCAUAACAGGAAGAAAGACCUUUGUGACAUGGCUCGAGGCCAAAUAGAUGAAACCCCGACUUGCCUUCUGAGUACAUGUCCCCCAACACAUAGAGGUGCGAAUGCCUCUGAUACAAAGUAACAGCGCAUGGGACAUUGACACCUCAUCGGCAAUUUUGUACAAUCAUGCAUGAUCUGAUUGAUCCACGACGCACGUCAAGAGAUGUUGUACUCAGGCACCUGGCAAGGCCCCUUGACGCGAUAGGUAGGUCUGCAGGUGUGAAAAGAUCUGCGGCAGCACGCGCAUUCAGUGAGACACGUGUGCAGCUACCUUGAUUCACGGAUGGGAACACAUGAAGGCCUCAAACAGUCAAACAGAAGAAACUUGGAGGUCCAUACCUCAAG